AUGGAGACAUUCCUUUGUCUCGAUCUGGUCUCUGACACACAUAUCCUCUCAUUCAACGAGAAUCUCGGUAUGGGAGCAAUGCAAAUGGCAUUUGGCAUGGUCAAAUGGUUUCACCCUUACAUGCCAAAACAUGACACAGUGUGGGCCCCUUUUGCCCAAGACUCUCACAUCCGGGUUUGGGAAGCCGACAAAUGGUGGAAUAAUGGAAGUGUUUCCAUCAUUGCUCUGGAUUCCAUUCAGAGUCAUCUUGCAAGGCUCACGAUGGCAGUUCAAGGCACAUGGGUAUGGGUAACUGUCAUAUCCAUACAAUCCCGACCUCCGCUCCGGGCUCCCGGAACUCCGAACCUGACUUCCGGGGUCCUACUUCCCUUCCGUCACCUCCUCCUUGCUGACUCCCAAGAGGCUAUCCCACCUCCGGCUCUGACACCACCUUCAGUCCGACUCCGGAACAUUCCGGGUCCGACCCCAACCUCGACACCUUCCAGGCAAGUACGCAACACCUAUGCUCCUGACUCCGGGCCUCCGCUCCGGAAUCCCGUUCGCGUCCCCGCCUCCGGAACCUCCGGUCUUAGCUCCGACCUCGGACUUUGA